CAACCCGCCAUGGCUUUUUGACAAGGCAAAUCCUCCCCACUAAACAACCCAGACAGGAAACAUGUGGCCUAAUCCACCCAAAUAUCUUUACCACCACCACCACUAUAUAACCCCCUCUUUGCGGAGUCCCCACACCCACACUCCCACACACACACACACACAAACACACAUUUUCAGCCAGAUUCGAAGCUUAAUAUUUCCUCGAGAGAGCUUCCUAAUUAGUUAAUUGGCUCCUCCACAACCCACUUUGAAAUCAACCUCACCAUCUAAAACCAUUUCAAAAAUGGAUCCAAUCGAGCCUGCAAGGAAGCUUCUAGCCAAAGAAAAGUGGAAGAUGCGUCAGAUUCUGAUCAAGGCCCUCAUCUGUUCUCUAUUUUGUUCGUGCCCCUUUUGGUUCCCAAAGCUUUGUUCUUCGGUGAAUCAUUUCGCCUGUGUCUCUCUCCCACAUUUGAAGUCCUUCUUCGUCAACCCCAUGUGCCUGUUCGUCGUAGGCAAUGCCAUCGUCGUCUUCCUCGUCGGAGAAUCAAAACUUGCAGCUGGUUCAAGUUCGUCCUCGACCAGUACUGAUACUCAUGAUCAAGAACAUGUCUGUAACGUAGAGAAAAACCACGAAAUAGAACCAGAAAUGGGUUUUGGAGCUGAUGACAAGGCUGUGAACAAGAUUACUGAAGAAGAUGAAGACAGAGACGAAGAAGAAUAUUACAGCGACGAUUGUGUGGAGGAAGAAGAAAGCGAUGGAGAAGAAGAGGCAGCUGGUUUGGCAACCGAGGAGUUGAACAAAAGAGCGGAAGAUCUCAUUGCUAGGGUUAAAAGGCAAAGGUGGCUUGAAGCCAGGCUAGACGAUUGCGGAAGAGGAUGAUGAGUUGAAGAGAUUGCAUGAUUUCGUUGAAGAAAUUCAUGGAUAUAUAAUUUACAAGUUUAGUUGCAGCUUCUUCUGUAUCUCUCCCACCAUGACUACUAGAGAAUCAUUUGAGGGAGGUGCAAUUAAUAUUCUUCUCAGGGCAAGUAAUACUGAAAACUGGACUGCCUUCUUUAUAAAUCGAUAGACCACACCUUUUCA